AUGCACCGAUAUUCCGGGCUUGACGCCACCGGGGAGGACGGAGAAGCAGAGCAGCUGUCACCCAGCCAGAGUCGGGCCAGCUCUCGGGGACGCCCGCUUCCCGGCUGCCAGGGGGGCCGGGGGCUACUGGCCGCGGGGCCAGGAUUACCUUCAGGCCUUUCCCUAGCCGCAGCCGCUGUCCCGCACCGAAGCGGUCUCGCCGCCGCCGCCGCCGCUCCCGCAGCCCGGUAUGCCUCGGGGCCCCCGGGCUUGAGCAGACCUUGGCCACCAGCCGGUGGGAAACCGGCCGCUCCACGCCACCAGAAAGGGAUCACGGGCCUCGCCGGGGGCCGGCGGGCUCCUCCCGACUGCGCCGGGCUGGGGCUGGAGAAGGCACAGAAGCGGCGGGAGUGCGGGCAGAGGUCUGGCUGUGCCCGCAACGCCCUGGGAGUGGAAGAGCAAGGCGGGGGAAGCGCCCGGUACCAGAGACUCAACUCCCCGCAGCUCAGGAGGAUGGGGGGUCGCGGCGCGGGGUGCAAAGGUGCAGGAAGGGCAACUUGUGUCGCGGCCGCAGCGGGAGGAGCUGAACCGAGGAGCGCGGCACCCCUACACCCCAGGAACAGCCAACGAGCCGCUCCAGGUGCUGGUGCCACCGCGCCCGCUCCCCGAAACCCACCAGCUGGCCGGGACUCGCCGCUGUCUGGGACGGCGCCGCACUCGGCGCCCCUUGGAAGCCCCGGCCCACCAAGUAUCGAGCUGGCCGGCCUGCCGAGUUUGAGAAAGUUGGGCUGAGGGGCACUGACAGAUGCCCGGGGCGAAGCUGACGGGAAUGGAGGCGGGCAACUCCCCCGUGGGAGCCAUCACCAUUCCAAACCCCUUCCCCUCAGCGAAUGACGAAUCAAACCCCACAGAGAGACGGCGCGCCCGGCAGUCCCUCGCUCUUUACGUGCCCCCCCGCACCCCCCACCCCCACCCCGGAGGCCGCGCAUCUCCCUUAGCCAGAGGGGAGAAAGCGCGGUUCCAGAUGGUGGCGAGACACGGGUUAUCAGGGCUGGAGCCCGACGGGCCGCAGUGCGGGCGCACGCGAGAAGCGCGCGGCUCCCUCAUUUCCUCGGAGGGGCUCGAGCUAACAGAACAGAGCCCCUGAAAUCCCCGCCUUCGCUGUCCAGAGCCCGAGCCGCCGGCAAAGAAAGCCACUGCUCCCCCGAAUCCCGGGAGCGCGGAGCCUGCGGGGGCCGCACCUCCCCGAGGGAGCCGAGCGGAGCGCGCUCGAAAGCUUUGGGUUGGCCGCAUGUCCCCAGGCCUGCUCGGAGGCCCCCAAUCCCUCCCCGAUGCCAACCAUCCCUGCAGGCACGCCCAAGACCCUAGCCGCAGCUUCGAGAAAGCCAUCGCUAACCAGCCCGCUUGCGCGCCAAAUUGGGCUACCCCCACCCAGUCUCAGGCCCGAGUGUUUACCGAGAAGGAAGCUGUUCCGGACGCCUCUGCUGGGUUAGCGGGUGUCAGCGCCAGGGCGAGGGACUGGGUGGCGCGAAGAGACUGCGCUGCCGCCUCCCCUCCCUGUUUCUCUUCUGAGGUCCCAACUCCCCAUCGGGAAAGCCCGCUGACCAAAGCCGGGCCUGGGGCCGGAUGGUGCCGAAGAGCCGGGGCGUCUCUGGAGGCUGGAAAAUCCAGUGAUGGAGAGACACCCCACACACUUUUCACUCCGCAGGCGAAACCAGUUAUGUCACUCAAAUGCAUGAAAACCCAAUUUUCCUUAACAGAGAGAAUGGAUUUACAAAAAGGAUUCCGGCUUCCACACAAAGCCCCUCGGAGAAUUUAACGCAGGUUUGAUUCACACAGCCAUGGGAGGGAAAGGUCAUACUUUUUAACUUCUGCCACCUGGUCACUGCUCCUUCUUUCCAAUUGCUGGAGCACUAAAUUUACAUCUAAAAGAAAAAGCCCUUAGGUUUCUCUAGAUGACAAGUAUGAUUUAAAAGGGGCUCAGACCACAACUUUUCUCAUUCUUCUACCUGUUCUUUCCUCAGCAAUAAUUACUAUGUAGGAGUCAAAAAAGGUAUAAGGAGAGUAACUGCUUAAUUUCAAAAUCACAGACGAUUAGAGCCGGGGGACCAAAAUUUUACAGCUGAAACCUAGAAAAAAAAAAAAAAAAGAUUUUGCCCAAAAUAACACGUUCUAACGACUUAAGAGCCAGAAGUGGAACCCAAACUUUCUGACACCCAGACUAUUUCUAUCCUCCCACUUAGGUCAUGGGUUUUGCCAGACCUGGAACAAGUGUGAUGACCAGCAAAAUUGGUCAGAAAUAAACCAACAAACUAUGAGGACACUUCCCACGGGCCUAAGUCUGUGCUGAACAAUGUAGGAAGUGGGAAGAAGUCCAUGUGAAUGGAUUGAACAUUUUCUUAGAUACACUCAAGAUGUAACGGUCUUGCUUGUCAUAAUCUUUUGUGUCUAAAGUUGCCAUUUUCCCCAUCAAGCAGUAGCAAAAAUCCAGCUUGAAAAAAAAAAGGGGGGGGGUCGUAAGGAGAAAGGUGUUCA